AUGUCGUUGAAAUCUUUACUUUUCGCUACUCUCUUCUACACGCUGUUUUCGCAUGUUGCGUCUUCAGCUCUCACCGUGAGGAACCUGCCCGGAAAGUCUUCUGAUGAGACCAUCUCCGAGGUUCGAAGACGGCUGGCCAGUGUAAAGAGAAACGACACAGACGUCUUGUUCGACAAUUCGACCUCUUUUUCUCUGGAUUUCGAUGGCGUGACGAUUUUCAAGUACGACUCAACCAUCUCCAUCACAUGCACAAAAUGCUACUUCACCGGCCAAGCCAGCGCAAAGGUCACUUCCAAAGGCUCAAUCAACGUCACCUCCACCAUGGACCAGGUAGAAGACAGCUUCAAAAGCGUCCUCGACAACAUCAAAGCCUAUGUCGAAAACGCCACGGACACCUUUGUGGACGAAUUUGGAAACAGCACAAGUCUUUCUAAAGCGCUGCAAGACGUUGAAGACCUUCCCCCACCAGACAUCGACUUCAAUCUCAACCUGACGUUUCCAGAGUACCACGUGGACGUGAACCUCACAGACGUGGAGAUAUACAUGCAGAUUGACACCGUUCUGGCAAACGGCAUCACGUACACGUUCAACAUCUACCAGUCCAAGACCCUGGCCGGCGUAGCACUCGGAAACGGGCUGCUGCUGGGUGCCGUCUUCUCAGUCGAUCUCAUCUUCAGCGCAAACGCUCAGAUCGAUAUCCAGAGCGGCUUCCACAUUCACUUUGACAAUGUCCGAACUCAGAUUGAACUCUUUGGCAAAGCAGCCUCAGGGCUAGACUUUGACGGCGGCAAGUUUGCAUUCCUCCCCGUGACAAUCCAAAGCGGCGGCGUCGUUCUCGAAGCUGUCCUCCGCCUCGAAGCCCGCAUCGGCAUCUCCCUGCACGAUUUCACCUCGUCAAACAAGCAUCUCGACAUCGGCGCAGGCGUGGAAGCCCGCAUCUACGCCAACAUUGCCGAGUUCGUCACCAACAUCACCCUAGGAGAAGUUGACUCCCUCAAGAAGAGAGACGAUAACAGCGACAAUUGUCGACUGAGCAUCGCUCAGGCCUACACCUUUGGCAUCGGCGCCGGCGCCGGCGCCUCGCUCGUCCUCUUGGGCAACACAUGGGGUCCCACGCCCGAAACCGAGAUCCCCAUCUUCUACACCACUCUGGCGCAGGUCUGCGCAGUGACGAGCAAGACCGGCACAGGCACAAUCUCUGCCACGACGACGAAUGCUAUUGCGAAGCGCUCCGUGACCAGCACAGUCACCACAGAGACCCAGAGCGCAAUCGUCUGCGCCUCGCCCGGCCUGAUCAACUGCCCAGCCUCGCUGCAAAGCCUGACCAGGAACGUAAUCACAAGAACCCUCACGUCAAGUGUCGCGUCUGGCUCGCCUGUUGUUUGGUCCGCAAGCCCAACAUCCACUUUCCAGAGAGUCGAUUUCCCAGCCGAUGCCGUGACGAUGACGAGCUCAUCCGGAACGCCAAAAUCGUACACUCCCCCUCCACCGCCGCCAACCACUACCGCUUCAUCACCAAAUGGCUCAGGCGCAUCAUCAGGAGAAAAGUCUGGAAAGCACCGCGUGAGCAACGCCGUCAUCAUCGGCGUCAGCGUUGGUCUCGGCGUGCCAGUCCUCCUUGCAGCCAUCGCAGCAAUCAUAUACUUCAUCCGUCGAAACCGCAAAUCAUCACUCGCACUACAACCUGCUGGCCCCGAUACCGUAGUGGCCAAGGUCCAGCCCGUCGUGACCACUUACACGGCAGUCCGCCCAGAGGACGAUCUGUAA